GUACCGUGUGAUUUGCUACUAUAGAUAAAUUCACCCAAAUUGUUCUUUCAACUCAUUGAACAUCAAAGAAUCGGUAUACCGAACUAUACAACUCCAGACUCAGUUACAGAAACCAACCAUAGAACCACGAUAGAGACAGCAUAAUGCCAGAAAACGAGACCCCUAAAUACCGUCUAAAAGUGACAGCCGGACCCAGCUACGAUCCCUCCACACAUCAACUCGUCCCAGUCAAUGAAGACCAAACCCUCCGAAUCGAAAAUGAGCACGCAACCACGAGUCUCUGCGUCCGCAUCCAAGAUUACACAGGGUAUCCGGACCACUCCCCAAAGACAAGCCCCUAUUUCAACCACCCUCUUCACCAGUCAGAUCAAUAUUCCAUCUCCUUCGCCAUCGUCUUCAAACACCCCGUCAACGCCAACUCCCUCCUCUUCGGUAACGACUUCGACCGUCCCAUUCGCGACCGCUUGCCGCCCGGCUUCAACGCCGCUCUUCGCCUCGUCAAAUGGACCAUCGAUCCGACGUUGGAUGGCGAUGCGUAUGCCGAUAAACCGUACCUGUAUGGUCCGGCCGUAGCUUCGUGGAACCAGUUCUGUAUUGGGGAAAAGAUCCGAAAGGAUGACGAGGUGCCGGGGAUGCAUCAGCUGGUCGUGGAAGAAGGGGGCGAGGGGUCCGGACUGGAAGUCAGAGAGCAAAUGGGGAUUCCGACGGGUGUGAGCGACCGGAGAAAGUAUUUUCAGUCUGAAGAAGCUAGGACGGGCUUCGACUUUGAGGAAGGCAGGGUUUACUGGGUGGAUUUUGGAAACCCUUACUUAGGGUUUAAUGAUUUCUCGCUUCACCUUCCUGGAAUUACUAUCAAUGUUCUUCCGUACAUAAAUGAGGAUAAUCAUUCGCUGCGGUAUGUGUUGAAGAAUCGGGAUACCGAUGAGGUUUACCUGGUCCUGCUUUUUACGCUUGUUUUGCAGGGAACAGAUGAGGAACCGUUGCAUAAGGAGGAGACGGAGAGGAUGAGAAAGGAAAGUAAGGAGCAGCAUGAGAAGAAUGACGGGAAGUUGGGGAGGUUUGAAUGGGAGCCUGAGCCAUCGGCUGAUGAUGUGGAGUAGGUAUGUUAUACAAUAUAGACCUAUAGAUACAUAUAUCAUUGCUUUGUUGGGCCACGGAAUACUGAAGCAAUAUA